AUGAUCCUGAGGAACGCCCACGUGCGGCAUUGCCGCCACAUAUUGGCCUCUCCUAUCUCCAGGUCUCUUGUUCGGCAAUUGUCCACUCAAGUCAUCACCAAAACCGAGACCACACCUGAAGUGAAGGAUUGGACGACUUCUCAGCCCUCCGCCGCUCCCCCCAAGAUUAUUACAGCGGCUCGAAAGAAGCAGAGAAUUGUGCAGGAUGGUAUUCUCUCCCUCAGGACCAACUCUGCGCACGAGCACAAGGGUAGUACAUGGACGACGCCUCACAAGAACUCGAACUCUGCGACUCCUGCGACGCCCGCUCAGCAGUACAGGGAAUGGAAACGUAUUCAGGCCAACACACGAAGUCUCGGCUCAAAACUCGAGAAGCGAUAUGUCCCGACCGAGCUCGUCAACAACCCGCCCGGACCUGAGGAUAUCACCCUGGAGAUGUUGAUGGCUUCGCAAACACACAUUGGACACAAGACUUCGCUGUGGAACCCCGCCAACUCUCGAUACAUCUAUGGUGUGCGUCAGGGUGUCCACAUUAUUUCCCUCGAGACAACUGCGGCACAUCUUCGACGAGCGGCCCGUGUGGUGGAGGAAGUUGCGUACAAGGCUGGCCUAAUUCUUUUUGUUGGAAACCGUAAGGGUCAAAUGGAGAUUGUGACCCAGGCUGCUGAGAUGGCUGGUGGCUGUCAUUUGUUCACCAAGUGGACACCUGGAGCUAUUACCAACCGAGAUGUUAUCUUGAAGAUGGCUGGUACAAAGGUUGUGGACCAUAAGGACAAGGAGCUUCCCGGGUUUGAGAAUUAUCGAGGUUCUGCUCGACCUCUGAUGCCCGAUCUGGUUGUUUGCCUGAACCCCCUUGAGAACUACACUCUUCUUUACGAGUGUGGUCUUAAGAGCAUUCCUACGAUUGGUGUUAUUGACACCAAUGUUGACCCAUCAUGGGUAACUUACACCAUUCCUGCGAACGACGACAGUUUACGUGCAAUGGCUGUUGUUGGUGGUGUCCUCGGCCGAGCUGGUCAACGAGGUCAGCAACGUCGUCUGGCAGAUGCUAAGAAGGACAAGGCAACAUGGGAGAACCCUCCUGAUCUUGUCCAGCAUAUGACACGCGAGAAGAAGGCCGCUAUUGCCGAGCGCAAGAACGUCAUGGGUCAGAUGCAGCACAACAUUGAGGGAUUCACUGAGGAGGAGCAGAAGCUUUUGCGAGAACAGUUCUACGGAGAGAACCUCGAGGUUACCGAGAGCGAGAUGGUUGACAUGAUGGGAGAGGCUGCUCUGGGAGCUGCGAAGGAGGCUGCUGCUGAAUCUGUUGCCUCAUUGCCUGAACAACCCACCGCCUCUGAGGCGCCGGUUGAGGCUGAGACUAAGCCUGCCGAGUUGACUUCAACACUAGCUGAGCAGCUUCCUACCCCUGAGGUAGCAUCUGAGACUCAAGUUGAAGCCACGCUUGCUGAGUCUAUUUCCACUUCCCCUCAACAGCCUACUUCCUCUGAAGCAGCCACCCAGUCUGUCGAGCAGCCCGCUGCCCUGGAGGUUGUGGCUGAAGCUCAGUCCGAGAUUCAAUCUGCUCCGUCUACACACAACUCUGACUCCAGGUUGACAACCAUAGAGGAGCAGCUGUCAGGACUCAAGGAUGCGGCGCAGGCGAUCGAGGCCGAUAUCAAGAGCGGCAAGAAGUAG